GACGAAGGAAGCUUCUUUGCUGCGCAAGGUAAACGCGUCUGUUUACAUUUUUUGUUUUUUAAAACUGACAGUUCCUUUCCAGGGAGCAAAUUUUAUGUUUUGGGCAGUUCACACUUUUAGACCUAUUAUCGUAAAUUUGUCGAUUGGCAAACCCAACAUGGCGCAACUAAAUCCCAUUGCUAAUUUCCUAAAUUGGGAAGAGCACGAAUCACAUUGCGGAGGCAAGAACCAGUCGCCCAUCAACAUCGAAUCGAAGGAUGCCAUCAUCGCCAAUUAUCCUGAAUUCAUUUUCCACAAUUACGAACUUGUUUUCCCCGAAGGAUUGGAGAAUAACGGUUACACUGUUGAAUUAAAAAUCUAAGAGCAGGGAAUGGGCGCGGAAUUGCCCUUCAUUACGGGCGGAGGCCCCACCGACCGUUACAACUUUGUACAGCUCCACUUCCACUGGGGCCGAAGUUUUUCUGGCAGUGAACACAGAAUUGAUGGAGAACAAUAUCCGGCCGAACUGCACAUGGUCCAUUACAAUUCGAAAUACGGAACUUUUAGCGAGCUCUGUCUCACGAGGAUGGAUUGGCUGUAUUUGGGAUUACUGCAACCGAGAGACAACAUUGCAUUCCGACAUCUGGAACAAUUUGAUAACAUCAUCGAUCCCAGUAUCGCCAAAAGCGAUGCAUUGCGAUUGCGAUAUUCUGUCCCAUUGUCGGAUCUUCUUCCUGGUAAUACCGACAGUUUCUUCCGAUACAACGGAUCGUUGACUACUGGAGACUGUAACGAAGACGUCAUCUGGACGAUUUUUGAUACUCCGAUUGCUAUUUCUGAACGACAAGUAGAAAUAUUUUACGUUUCACAUCAAGUUUUAUAUAGAUGAUGGUAGAAACUGACGGAAGAGAAAUUGUAUCUAAUUUUUUUUUUUUUAUUAUUAUUUGGUUGGCAAAGUUCAGAUGGCUACGUGAUGAACACGGAAACGAAUUGAUAGAAAAUGUCCGGUCAACUCAUCUUCUGCACGAUCGAGUUGUUAUGUACCGUCCACAGUCAAAUCCUUCAAGUCCAUUACUUUCAUUACCAGAUCUUAUCUCAGCGAUAGAAUUUCCACUUGAGUAAACAACAAUGUUGUUCUUUUGCGGCUGCCACCGCCCUCCUCCGGACCCAUCCAACUCCGCGUCUCAGUCCCCUGUUCAUGGACCGUUACCAUCCGUAAUAUUUCACCUUUUUUGCAUAUUUUACACGACUGUAAAUAUAAUUAUAACAUUAGUUUUCUCAACGGGCAUUUACAUGUACGUCACUGUAAGUUUUUCACUGUUGUCUGCAGAUUUCGACGCUAAUGACUGAAGCCAAGCAAAAUGAAAUGUUGAUAAAUGAUUUUUAUACUCCAUCUAUUCUAUUCUUCACCCCGCCUAUUCCACUGAUUAAUUUUCUGUUUACUUCUUACUAACACCUCAACCGACCAAUCAAAAUUGU